AUGGAGGUGAGGGAGGCUGGAGAUGGGGCUGCAGCAGGGGAGUUAGACCAAGUUCCUUCCAAGAGAUAUAGUUGGGCUGAAGUUCGUCAGGCUGUACAUGAUCUUAGGAAGGAACUUUCUUCUUUGUCUACCAUGGUGCCAAUGGCUAUCUCUUUUAGAAAGUUGGGCAAUGGAAAAACCAGAGUGUACUUCUUAAGGACCCCGCAAAAUGGCUGGGAAAUAACAUUACUCUAUACUGAUAUAACUCAUUCUCUUCAACCUAAUAACACCAGAUUAGACUGGAAGCCCCUAAUCGAGUCCAACAUCGCGCUUGGUGUUACCUCUGGGAAAUGGUCUCGCGAAGAGCAGCUGCUUUGGGAGAGACAGAGGGUAGCCGCUUGGGGUAUAGCCUCAUACGAACUGCACCAGAGCACUGGUCGCGUGCUAUUUCCAUGCGCCUCCUCACUCUUUGUGGCGGAGGAAGGGACUAACCAGUCACCACCGCUAGUCCCACGGUCGUUAAGCACUGGUGGAGGUGCAGCUCUAACUCCGGCGAUGUGCCCUCGAGCUCCAACUCUAGUGGCCCACGCGGCGAGGGGCGAUAUAUGGCUGGCGGGCGGAGCUCUCCAGCGACCAACCCGGCUCACUUACGCCUGCAAGGGUCAUGAACCCGAUCGGUUAGCAGACGAUCCACGGCAGGCCGGAGUCCCAUGUUACGUCACACAGGAGGAGUUCUCACGGUACACCGGAUUCUGGUGGCAGCCCAAGUGCGAUGAUGACGUGUUCAGGAUAGUCUACGAGGAGGUGGACGAGAGUGAGGUGAAGAUAUUCAGUUUCCCGUCAUCGCAGAGCGUCAGUGGGGAGGUCGAGGAGUUCAGGUUUCCACGUGCGGGCACGCCGAACGCUAAGUCUACGCUGAAACUGGUGACUUUCAGACUGCAGAAGGUGGCCUCCACCACCGUUUUGGAUUACUAUCACGAAGGAACGGCUGGCACACACUCUUCUGCAGACUCUAGAAGCGAAUGCAUGGAGGCUACGGAUAUCCGGUGGUACGAAAUGAGGCAGCCCCUGAAGGAAGUGUUUCCAUGGUUCGAAUACCUGGCCAGGGUUGGGUGGACUCCGUGUGGGAAAUUCGUUUGGGUCCAACUCCUCGAUCGCGAGCAGCAGCGUCUGGAGCUGGCCCUGAUUCCGUUGAGCGAGUUCAGCUCGCCGACCAGCUACGAGGACGCGGAAAUGCCCAACAGCUUACCAACGCACAACGACCAAAAGACAGAGCAACAAAUCCAAGUUCUAGUCUCCGAGACGGCUCCAGACGCCUGGAUCAAUGUCCAUGAUAUCCUCUACUUCCUGCCGAGCACAGAGGAUAAGGUCAGCUUCAUCUGGGCUUCGGAGGAGACGGGCUACUUACACCUGUACCUUAUCACAUGCGGCCUGCAGCUCACGAAGCCUGAAAGGGCUAGAUGUGACUCCCAAUCUUCGAGGCAAGCUGUCAUUGAAAUGAUCAUCGAUGAUGAAACAAACGCGGUGGGACCGAACAUCAUCAGUAAGGAGGCGAUCACAAGCGGGGAGUGGGAGGUCAUGGAUAGGAAGAUAUGGGUGGACCAAGCCCGGCAGUUAGUUUAUUUCGUGGGGCUCCGCGAGACGCCACUGGAGCGCCAUUUCUACGUCGCCCCUUUACGAGGCUCAGCACCAAUUACGUUGCUCACUACACCAGGGCAUUCGCACACUGUCGACAUGGAUGAUGAGUGCAGCACGGUGGUGAUGACGUCGUCCAACAUCAGCAGUGUGCCGUGCACGCGGGUGUACCGCGUGUCGCACUCCACGCCCACGCCCACGCUGAUAGUGCAAGGCACGCUCAUGGAACGAAACACUUUCGAGUCAUCAGAAACACGCAGUUUCAACGGUGUGUGGGACAGUCGGGGGGACGGGGACGAAGAGGGCGACACCACUUUACUAGUCAGAGAGCGUUCAUUAAGCGGUAUUGAAGUACCUCCCCCUCAAAUCCUGGAGACGCGACUGUCGUGCGGCGCGGCCGCGUACUGUACGCUGUGGCGCUGUGGCCGCGCGGGGCGCAGCCCUACAGUGCUCCACGUGUACGGCGGGCCCGAGGUGCAGACCGUCACCAACAGCUACAAGGGUAUUAGACAACUUCGCAUGCAUAUGCUGGCGGCGCGAGGGUUCAACGUGGUGGCGGUAGACUCGAGGGGGUCCAAACAUCGCGGCAGAGCGUGGGAGGCUGCGAUCAGAGGGAAGAUGGGACAGGUGGAAUUGGAUGAUCAGGUCGAGGUUCUUCAGUGGCUGGCGAAGGAGACCGGCUGCAUAGAUAUGGAAAGGGUGGCGAUACACGGCUGGAGUUAUGGGGGCUACCUGUCGCUGCUGGGGCUGGCGACGCGGCCGAACAUCUUCAAGGUGUGCGUGGCGGGUGCGCCGGUGACCAGCUGGCGGCUGUACGACACGGCCUACACCGAGCGCUACAUGGGGCUGCCGGCGCGCGCGCCGCAUGCCUACAGCCGCGCCAGCGUGCUCGCGCACGCGCCCUUCUUCCCCGAGCGUGAGGGUAGACUGUUGAUAAUCCACGGUCUGGCCGACGAGAACGUCCACUUCUGCCACACGGCGGCGCUGCUAGCGGAGCUCGUACGUCUGGGGAAACCACAUCGAGUUCAGGUAUACCCUGGCGAGAGGCACUCUCUCCGUUCCAUGCACGCGGCGAAGCAUUACGAGGCGACCCUAUUACACUUCUUGCACGAAAAUCUGUAA